GGAAGGAGCCGUGAUUUUUUGGGGCUUGCUCCUUUCACGGUUCCGGGGAAAAACGCCCCGAUUUUUCCGGGAAGCCGAAGCAGACACCGGUCACGCGUGCUGCCUUCAUCACACCACACCUAGACAACACCCACAACACACCAAAAAGCUUCCCACGGCAAGUCGACCACCAUGGCUGAGCGCGGGAAGCGCCAGGAUCCCACAGACCCCGCAGCGCAACGCCGGGAGAAGCACCGUCGACGAGCUAUCGACGUGGAGAAUGCAGCCCAGGAAAACAAGAGAUUCACGGUCGGUCCUGGCUCUUCUGAGGGCCGUAGUAGUGGCGGCGGACGUCGUGGCAGCAGGAGAACCUCAUCGUGCCCACUGCCCUUAAGGACGGGAGCCCAUCUACGACCCCAAGCGACUUCCGUGGGCCCAACACGAGGCGGACCUUGAUAAACUGCGCGGCUGGCGGCGGUCGUACCGCAUGGAGAAAGGCAGUUUCCACAAGCUCGUCGAGCUACUCCGCCCUUCGCUGUAAGUCAAUGCCUUCUUCGGCGCACGCGAUCGCCACGCAACGGCGCCAUAGCUGUGGAAGUUUGCGUUGCCGUGGCGUUGAGGAUCCUGGCUGGCGCCAGUUACUGGGAUGUCCUACUCAUGUUUGGCUUGUCGGUGUGGUCACAUACCAGAUCUUGUGGGACGUGAUCGAUGCCAUCAACAACACGCCUGCGGUUGGGGCAUUUGACUUCCCCCUGACCAAGGAAGGAUGCAUGCGAAACGCCAACAGAUUCAAGGACAAGAGCACCGAUGGCAUUUUCUCGUGGGUCGUCGCCGCCGUGGAUGGUCUGUUCAUCAAGGCCGAGGCUCCGCGUGCGAAAGAGACCAAAAACGUCAUCGCGUACUACUCUGGCAGCAAGUCCGCCAAGACCGCGUACGGCAUCAACGUGCAAGCGAUGUGCACCGCCGACUACCGGCUCUGCGCAAUGUCGGCGAUCUCUCCAGGCUCGACGAACGACUGGGUGGCAUGGACUCGAUCUUCCCUCGCCAAGGCCGUCGCCCGCUUGCCCGCCGGAUUUCACAUCAUUGGUGACGCCGCCUACCCCAUCGGAGAAAAGCUUCUAACUCCGUACCCUGGGAGGCAACUGCCGGCGGGCGAGGACUCGUUCAACUUCCACCUGAGCCAGCUUCGUGUUAAGAUCGAGCAGAGCUUCGGCAUCCUGGUUUCGACUUGGGGCAUUCUGUGGAGACCUCUCCGCGUGCAGCUCGGAGGACGCGCGGAUCUCAUCACAGNGCGAGUCAAGAUCAAGCAGAGCUUCGGCAUCCUGGUUUCGACUUGGGGCAUUCUGUGGAGACCUCUCCGCAUGUGGAGGGCGGAGGGCGCUGGACGGAAGCGUUUUGGGUGUUGGUAA